AUGCGGAUGCGGGUGCUUCCGGCGUCCUGGUCAUCCUCCUCCGCCAAACAUAGCAGCGGCAGCUCCGACUCGCAGGAGCACCCUUCACCCUCCUCUACUACGACCGCGGUGUACCUCAACAUCUACGACAUCUCCCCCCUCAACCACUACCUCUACUGGUUCGGACUCGGCAUCUUCCACUCCGGGAUCGAAGUGCAUGGCAUGGAAUAUGGCUUUGGAGCUCAUGAAUACCCCACCAGCGGAGUCUUCCAAGUAGAACCCAAAAGCUGCCCUGGCUUUAUCUUCAGACGCUCUGUGUGUGUGGGUACAACUCAUAUGUCCCGCUCCCAAGUCCACACUUCCAUAGAGGACCUCGCCGAGGAUUAUCAUGGGGACACUUAUCAUCUGAUUGUCAAGAACUGCAAUCAUUUCACAGCUGAUGUCUGCAAGCGUUUGACUGGGAAGCCAGUACCUGGAUGGGUGAAUCGACUCGCCAGAUUAGGUUCCUUCUUCAAUUGCGUAUUGCCUGACAGCAUCAAGGUUUCAGCCGUCAGAGAUGUAAACGCACACCCAGAUUUUUCUGAUGAUGACUUGGGGUCCAAUGCUUCGAUCCUUGAGGGAAGUGAUGACGAUGACUUAGACCAACUUCUGAGAACUCCAAACAGCGACAUUGUAUCUUCAAGGGACAAGACAUUAACUCCCGGCAGGGAUAGCCUCUAA